UUUUGCCAUCGCCUUUUGCAGCAGUAGCGUCCGGAUUCGUUUAUCUGGCGAUCGCCAUUUAUGCUCGUACGUACGUGUGUAGUGUGGUGUGGUGUGGUGUGUACGCGCGCUCCCUGUCCGUGUGCCGUAUGCCGUUUUCGUUUUCGUUUUCGUUUUGCCAAAUGCUGCCUACCCUAUCUCUGCGUCCGAAUACUCGUAUGUAAAUACGAGUACUUUUUUACCAUUUUACCGUUUUUGCAUUUCGCACGUUCGUUUCUUCCUCAUUACUCGUUAGGUGUCCGGUAUUUGUCGCUGCAUUUUGCGAAAAAAGAAAAAAUCGUCCGCUCGCGUGUUCUUGUUAAGUUGUUACGAGUAUGUUCUGUUCUGUUCUGUUCUGUUCUUUUCUGUUCUUUUCUGUUCCGUUUUUUCCAACUUGGUUUUCUCGCAGUAUAAAUGUGUAAUUUGAUACUACGCGUAAUGCGUAUAUAGGUACUUGUAAGUUGUAUACACGCGUACAUAUACACGGUAUAGUUUGGCGGAAACGACGCGACGGACGUUUCUUACGCGAGUGUGUGCGUGUGCAGUGUGCACCGAGUGUACGCAUAAAUGCGUGUUUUUUUCAAUUAUAUUCUUCUUUUUCUUCUUCCGCUUUUCAUCGAGCAAAUCGACGGCGGAUUUUGGAGAUUUUUAUUCGGCGGCGGCGGCGGCGGUGGCAGCGGCAGUGGUCUUCUUAUUUGCAUUCGACGCGAUCCAAAAUACUGGUAUAGAAAAAAGAAGACGACUAUCCCUGGCGAGGAGAAUGCGAUGCGAUAGGUGCAGGCUACGAAUAGGCUUGUAAAACGGCGCGACGCUGCGACGCACCGCACCGCACCGCGCCGCCGUUGCCGUUGCCGUGGCUAAGCUAUUGUCUUAUCAUUAUGUUCACGUGGACGUGGACGUUUGUACAAUUAUGCUGCAUUUGUCUAUUUUCCAAUCAUCAUUUCACUAGCGGCGUUGGCGUUGCGAAUCAGCAGAAUCAGCAGAAUCAGCACCAGCUGCUGCUGCUACAACAACAACAACAACAACAGUACAGAAUGCCGAGGAUAACGGAGCAGCCGGCCGACACGGUAGUCGCCCGUCACGAACCGACUACGUUAAAUUGCAAAGCGGACGGUAUUCCAGAGCCGAGUAUAGAGUGGUAUAAAGACGGCGAAUUGAUCGCCACGGCAGGCGGCGGCGGCGGCGAGUCGCAUCGCGUUCUUUUACCAACCGGAUCGUUAUUUUUUCUAAGAGUCGUGCACGGCCGUAAGGAUUCCGAUCAAGGCACGUAUUGGUGUUUGGCGAGAAAUCAAGCCGGAUUCGUUCGCAGCAGAAACGCUACGCUGGAUGUGGCAAUUUUGCGCGACGAAUUUCGAAUUGAACCGAAAAAUAAGAAAGCUAUUCAAGGCGAGACUACGCUUCUGGAAUGCGGCCCGCCAAAAGGCCAUCCCGAACCUGUCAUUAGUUGGAAGAAAAACGGCCAAACAUUGGAUUUAGAUUCGAAUAAAAGGUAUCGUUUAGUGGACGGGACGAAUCUAGCCAUUCAAGAUGUGCGAAGAAUAGACGAGGGACGAUACCAAUGCGUCGCGAAUAAUGUGGUUGGUACGCGCGAAUCGGCCGCAGCUUUACUCACCGUUCACGUGAAACCUUACGUGAUCCGCGGACCUCAGGAUACGACGGUGAUGGCCGGCGGCAGCGUGAUUAUGGACUGCGAGGUCGGUGGCGACCCUUUGCCGGACGUGCUGUGGAGGCGAACGUCUGACGGCGGCAACAUGCCGUUGAAUCGCAUCAAGGUGCUGGAAGAUCGAGGAUUGAAAAUCGACCAGAUUUCCGCCCAAGACGAAGGAGUGUACACGUGCGAAGCCGACAACUCGGCCGGCGCUUUAUCCGUAUCAGCUCGGCUCACCGUGCAUUCUGUACCUGUGAUAACGUACCGUCCAAAGGAUGCGACUGUUGAUCAACACGGCCAGGUAGCGUUCAUGUGCGAAGCGGAAGGCAAUCCGCAUCCUCUUCUGUUUUGGUCCAUCGAGCCCAGUCGCACGCUUAUAUUUGCGGGUGAAACGCGCGACAACUUUAAAGCGACUUGGGCGCGAAACGGCCAAAUCACCUUGACCGGCGUUCAGAAUGCGGCGGCGGCGGCGAAUGAAAAUUUUCGCGACUCGGCGGCGGCGGUGGUGUGUUGCGCGGUAAAUGCGGUCGGCUCCGACAUAUGGCGCGCUCAUCUGUCCGUCAGGCUGGUAGACGACCGACCGCCGCCCGUCAUACUUUACGGUCCGGCCAACCAAACGUUGCCGCUCAAGUCUAUCGCCGUUUUACCGUGCAAAGCUGUCGGCUCGCCCGCGCCCGUCGUACGUUGGUACAAAAAUGGCCAAGCCUUGUCCACGACUGCGGCUGCGGAUCGCCGAAUCGACGUCUCCGAACAAGGAACGUUGCAAAUCAAAGAUCUGGAACGAAGCGAUAACGGAGUUUACGCGUGCGUCGCCAGUUCGCAAAACGGUCGAGCCGUUUGGAGCGCAAAUUUGCGGCUGGAAUCGCCGACAAAUCCGAAUAUAGGAUUUUUCCGAUCUCCCGAACCGUUAACGUAUCCGGGCCCGCCCACCAAGCCGAUAGUCGCCAACAGAACCGCCGACCAAGUUACCAUAGCGUGGAGUAGAAAUAAUAAGAUCGGCUCGUCUUCCUUACUCGGCUACCAGGUGGAAGCGUUCGCUCGCGAAUUUGCGGCGAACGAGUCGCUGGGCGCGAGUACGACGGCGACGGCGACGGCGACGGCGACGGCAAAUAACAGCGAUUGCACGUGGAUCACGUUGGCGACCAGAAUUUCGACGACCGCUUUCACCGUUGGCCAUCUGCAAAAAACCAAAAUGUACACGUUUUUGGUGCGUGCGGAAAAUUCGCACGGUCUGUCACCGCCCAGUCCUCUAUCAGAUCCGGUCACGUCGAAUACGAUGGCGGCGGCGGCGGCGGCGGCGGUGGCAGCGCCUGAAAAAAUUGUCGACCCGAUGGCCGCGUUUCAAGAGCGUCAAAUGCGCGAAGCGAAAGCCCUACUGCAAGCUACUCACUCGGCCGAACUAGUCGACGUUCAAGCCAUCAACUCUACAUCAGUCAAACUCACCUGGGAGAUAUUCAAUUCGGACGUCGUCGAAGGCUUCUACAUCUAUUCUCGAUGUGUAAAUAGUAAUUCGUCAUCGUCAGCGGCAGCGGCAGCGGCAGCGGCGACCAACGUACUAAUAAUUGCCAACGUUCGUAAGGUGACCGGAUUCGUGGUAUCCGGCUUGCAAGCGUUCACCAAGUACGCUUUUUUUCUCAUCCCGUUCUACAAGCAUAUCGACGGACGGCCGUCCAAUUUGAAAGUUGUCGAAACGUUGGAAGACGUUCCAUCGGAGCCACCUCAGCAGAUGGAGGCCGUCUUGUUGAAUACGAGCGCUGUGUACUUGAAAUGGGCGCCGCCACCGGUGAAGGCGCAGAACGGCGUCAUCAAAGUAUAUCAGGUGAUAGUGAAAGAUGACAAUAAUUCGGUACUGAGUAACGUAACGGUGAACGCAUCCACGCCAUCUUUACUGCUGACUAAUCUGACUACUCGCGUCAGCUAUAGCGUUUCGGUGGCCGCAGCUACGUCCGUCGGUUACGGACCGUUCACCUUUCCCGCCAACUUGAGAUUAGAUCCGACUACCAUGUUAUUCAGCCAAUGGAAUCACAAAAAUGGCCUGCUGGAACCUAACAGCCUGGAUAUUAAAGAAGAAGACGUGUUGUCGAAAAUAUGGUUUUUCGUUAUUAUAUCGAGCGUCGCAUUGGCCAUGCUGUUGGUAUUGGUGGCCGUGUUUUUCCUCACCCGAAGGCUGUUGCUGUCCAAAGAGUCAAACUUUUUUGAAACGAGAUCGAACGGCGCAAUUCUAGGAACGCCUGUAAGUUUGAAAACGUCCGUCGGCGUCGGUCUACCUCAUCGGAUGUCGGCUUCGUUGCUGCCCCAUCUGAACAUGAAAAAAGACGACGCCUCGUUCUGGAUUGAUAAAACAAAGAAUGAAAAUUGCGUCAACGAAUCGUGUUCUUGGAGACAAUCAGAGUACAGCGGCGAGCAAGACUCGGCCAGUCAGUGCGCCGAUUACGCCGAAGUGACCGCCAACGUGGGCGCGGGCAUGGCCGAUUCUUUUAGGACUUUUGGCGAGGGAAAAACGAGCAGCACCGGCACCGGCACCGGCACCGGCACCGACGAAGCGUUGUCGCCGACGCCGUACGCUACCACCACGCUGCUGUCGCAAUCCAGAAUCGCGCUCCAAAAUGACGAGCUGCCUUACGCGUCGUCGUGUUGUUACCGGCCCAAUUGCCAUUCCGAGACGUAUUACUUCAUCGACCGAGACUACGUAAACUACAACGGUAGUGUCAGAGGAAUACCGUCGUCGGUCGUAUUAAGCGCGUGUGGUCGUAAAACCAUGUCCGAAAUCGGCCGCACGCCGCAGCCGCAUAAUCAAAGUCCGCCGUUACCAUCCAAUCCGCCGCCCAAUGGUAAUACGCUUCGAAAACAGCGUGAAAGUAAUUAUCUUAACUUUCAGAAUGCCAGAUGCGUAUCGAAUUCGAGUCGCUCGGGCGCCAGCGUCGGUGCCAAUCACCGUGCGGUGUAUACUAGGUGCUUUAGUAAAGACUGCCAAGAAACGCAUCAUUCCAAACAAACGACGUCCGCAGCGGCAGCGGCAGCGGCAGCGGCGAGCGACUUUGCUCAGAGAUGCAGCCCGCAUCUUUACCCCAUCAGUAAUCAGUGGAGGAUGAAACAGACAAUCAACACGGAUCACAAUACGACGACGAGUGGUAGCAGUUCCUCGGCCGGUAGUAGCAGUAGUCAUUCGAGUUGCUCUCAGUGCCAACAGCCUAUUUACCGCAGUUCCGGCAACACUGGCAACAGCCGCAGCCAAUCCUCGUCCAAUAUUUUAGCAACUGCCCAUUCGUCGUAGAGCGUUUCCGUUUACCUACUGCGUCGCGUCGCGUCGCGUCUCACUGCCGCCGCCGUAAUACGAGUGCCAUAUCUAUCUACCUACCUACCUACCUACCUACCCAUCCUCCCCUAUUAUAUACCUGACUUGUUGACUUGAUCAUUUUCUCUGUUCUAAAAAUUGCAAAAAUUUCUACUUUUAAUUAUUUCUUGGCAAAAGUUUCGUUUCUCGUUUCCUCGUACAGCGCAAGUACGAGUACCUAUCUAUAUGUAUUGGUACUGAAUAGUAAAAAUACAUGGGUACGAAGAUACUCGUAUAGAUGCGAGUCGCGUGUACAGCAGCAGCAGCAGCAGCAGCUCAUCGCCUCUUCCACGCACCACAUCUUACCUACAUUAUUGUUGUAGGUACAUAGGUAGAGAGGCUAUCCACCCACCCACCAACCAACCAACCUACCUACCUGUCUGUCUACUUUUUAAUUACGAAUAUCUUGGGAUAUGGUAAUCGUAGGUAUUCGUAUUGUAGGCCUAUAUAUUGCCUCCUUUUGCCUUCCUUUCGAAUCACCAAGUUAUGAUUCAUGUGAUACCUAAAAAUUUGUUGUCUAUUUUUAUUUUUAUUAAUCUAUUUACGUAUUUAUUUAUUAAUUUAUUUAUACCUACGUAUUCAUUUUUUUGUACGGUACGUACCUCUACCUAUAUCACUCUAUCUACUAUCUACGGGUAGAAAUUUAGUUUUUUUUUAAAUACUCGCUCGUCCUCGUUUGUAAUUACGUAAUGUGUAUGUACUUACUACAUAUUACGUAGUACGUAGCUACGUACCUCUACAAAAGUGCAUACUCGUACUCGAUGGUUUUAUCAGAAAUUUUUGGUGAAUGUUACCUUCCUUUGUUACUUAAAAUAGGUAUUCCCUUUUUUAUUUACGAGUACAUAUAUAUUUAUUACGGAUAUUAUUAUUACGACUACGAGUAUCGCAUUAUUCUUAUCAAGUACGAGUACUACGCCGAGUACCGGUAAUCUUUUUUUUCCCCUUUAAUUUUAUUCAUUUUGUCGGCGAUAAUCGAAUAGGCACGUAGAUGUACCUACCUACUAUACGUACCUACAAAUAUGUGUCUAUUUUUGAUGUUAAGGCAUCAGCCGAACCACGCAAUAGUGAGUAGGCAUACUACGAGUAUAUACUUAGGUAAAGGUAUAGGUAUACUUAGUCUACAUAUUUGUAUCACGUACAUAAAUGUACAUACGAAGAUCUGGUACCUACAUUGCGAUAUGCGGAUUCGACACACUUGACACUAGUGAAUUGCAGAUGUGCAGACACCUAUACCUAGACCUACAGGGUGCCCAGAAAUAUCGAGCACCCCCUAAGUAAGUUUUUCAUUAAAAAUAUACGCGUAGGUUGGCAACGUGAAAUAGAUGCGUAUGAUUGGUGGAAUCAUGGAAUGUUAUCUCUGCAGUCCAACAACCAAUCGUGCGCUAUCAUUAUUACUCGUACUCGUAUCAUUCACUGUGACCAACCAAAGUAUUGUAGUAGAAAACUUUUUUAGGGGUGCUCGAUAUUUUCUGGGCACCCUGUAUACCUACCUAGCAACCUACUUACAUAGCGUGUCCGCUGCAAGCGCACCAGUAAAGCACUGCCAAUUUUCAACUGCGCGGCGCCGGGCGGCGGCCAACUAGUCAAGUACCACCGAUAGCAUAAUACCUACGAGUACUCGUAAGUACGAGAAGGUACAAAUACGGCACUGUAGUGAGGAAGUACCUCUACGUCUACGUCUAGUCUUCCCCAAGUCAACAUAUUGCGCUUCAGUUAUACGUAUGUAGGUAGGCUACUACGCUCUUCUUUUUUCGUUAAGUAUAAUAUCGUAGUAGUUUAUUCAACGUAAAAGUGAUUUUCGACGAAUUUUGAGGUUUACUAGGUACUGCCCGAGCCAAGUGAGGAAAUAAUUCAAAAUCUACUCGUCGAAAAUCACUCUUACUCUCGGAUUGAAUAAUACGUACUCGUACCUACUCGUAUUAAUAUAUUUUAAUUUCAUAUGAUCGGAAAAUGAGUAGUUUCCUAGACAGUUUUGUGGUUGGAAAAUACAUCUUUAACGCAGCUAUCAAAACAAGUGCGGAAAGUAGUUACUUUCCUCCCUAGGGAGAGGGAGGAAAGUGACUGUUUUCCGCAUAUGUUUACAAAUUCAAAAUUAACAAUUUUUUUAAGUUUCAGCAUUUAUUUUCCUCUCAUAUGAAAUUAAAAUAGUAUACGCGACAGCCGACAGGAUUGGACAGUAACGCGAUAAACUUGUGCCUGUGCGAUUCAAGUCGCUCGGCUUCGCCUCGCUCCUUAAACUUCGCACUCGUUAAUCGCAUACUUUCCGCUCCUGUCACGUAAUGUACUAUUUCGUUAUGAGGGAGAAAAACCGGUGAAACAGUUUUGCGCACAAUUGCUAGUUUUGCGCACAAGUUAGGAUUGCGCACAUUGCCCUGUGACUCUUAUCAAUAAAUGAAAAAUUAUCAGCUCUAGGUACUUACUGUUUCCCUUCAUUUUUAUCAUCAAUCACCUAGUCAAUUUUUCUUCAAAAAUUUUAUUGAUUGUGAUGAAAAUUUUGACAUUUUUUAAAUUGUUUCACCAAGAAACCCAGUAUUUUAGAGAAAAAUUGAGGAACCUACAAAAAUACGUAAGUAAGUUGGUAAAGAGAAAUGAAAAUAUUUUUGAUUCUCCUCAUUUUUCUCCCUGGACCAUUACUUUCGGCAGAAAAUCGUAGUUUUCUGAUGAAAAUGUGGAUAAAAUGAUUUCAAAUCCUUCAUCUGCAAUAAUAAUUUAAAUUGAAUUUUAAAAUUUUUGUCUGAAUAUCUCUAAAGCAACGUUGUGCGCAUUCCUUACAAUGCAAUUCCCAUUAACCAGCAUCAUGUGCGCUUUCCUAUUACAGCCAGAAAAACGCCGGUAAGGUGUUAACUUCCAAAAAUCAGAAGCGACAGCAAAAGUAGCACUUUUUCUCCCUAAAUAACGAAAAGAAACAUUUUUAACGACAUUUUUGGCAUACCUAACCAUCGAGUUUCUCGUCGGCGAGCAAAUUUUUUACAUAUUAGGCCUCCUAGAUCACGAAAAAAUGACGAAUUUGCUUCGGCGCAUUUUUGCGAGCGUAGCGUACCUACUCGUAUAAUGUUUUUAAUAAUCCUCCUACUUUCAGAACCCACAUAUCAACUGCUCUACCCUCCCCUCCCCUCCCCUCCCCUCCACCCCGAAAAAUAGUUUGGCCCCGUCUCCAAAGCGAGGAAUGCGAGUACCUGUGUACUCGUAUUUUUUCCAUUCCACUCUUUGUAAGCGUGUGUACCAGUAGGUACUUAAUAUCAGCCUAGCACACGCGAGUAUGUACGCAGGCCGGUACACCUAAACAAGACGUACUCGGUACUCGUAUAGCCAUUGCAGAUGUACAUAAUUAUGUAUGUAGGUACCUAGACAUAUGUGUAGCCGUGUAGGUGUAUGUAUGUAUGUAUGUAACCUGCCUACAUCGGAGGCCACCUUUUAAUAAGCGAUUUUUUAAGCUGUAACAUGAUCGAAUAAUUGUUAUAGCUGUGAUAACGAUAAGUAUAUUUACAUUUACAUGACGUACUCGUAUCUAUGUAACUUGAUUAAUAAUUUACGUGUUUAACGUGUAUACGUAUACCUUUGUUGAAUCGUAACACAAAUAUCUGAGAGACUGACCGAACUCGUGUAAAUUAUAGAUAUAAUACGUAUAUUUAUUAUUUUUUUAAUUAAAGUUUGCGAUUUUUA